AUGACCGUCGCCGAGAUCGAGGAGCGCAAGGCGACGCGCACGAAGCGGAAUCGCCAUAGCAGUUUACGAGAGUCAAUGUCCGAGUUCGUCGAGUUCCUGGGCGUAAAAUUCGCUCCACUGAACAUCCCGCUCCGGCGGCGCCUGCAGACGUUCGCCGUCAUGCACCACUUUUUCUUCACGCUCGGCUCGGUGGUGCUGGUGCUGGUGUUGCCGAUUUAUCUGGUAUUCUCGGCGUACUGGUGGAUCUUGGCGCUGUAUGCGGCGUGGCUGUACUACGACUGGGAUAGCCCGCGCCGGGGCGCCUACUGCCAAGAGUGGUGUCGCGAUAUGCGCAUUCAUAGGUGGUUCGCCGAAUAUUUCCCCGUCAAGCUACACAAGACGGCCGAGUUGGACGAUUCGACAAAUUAUCUGGUCGGCUCGCAUCCACACGGCAUCAUCUCGAUGGCUGCUUUUGUCAACUUUGGCUCGAACGCCACCGGAAUCCGGCAGCUCUUCCCGAAGACGUUCUUCCGCCUCUGCACGCUCGAGGGCCAGUUCUGGACGCCGAUCCGGCGAGAAUACGGGCUCCUCCACGGCUUCAUCGGCUGCAGCAAGGAGAGCCUCAACUACGUGCUCAGGGGCGAGAAGAAAGGACAGGCAGCCGUGCUGGUGGUGGGAGGAGCGGAAGAGGCCCUAGACGCGCACCCGGGACAUCACAUUUUGACGCUGAACAACAGGCAACUGGCGGCGUUCUUAUUAAAG